AGACCUGGUGAGCCCAGGGCCAGUGCAGGGCAUGGCCAGAAGGAGCUCUCUGGGGUCUCUGGGGUGGCAGUGACUCGGCCAGGUGCACCCGCCGGACUUCUGGGGAGACACCGCCUGAGACCCGCCUGCCGUGGUUCCUGAAGGACCCAGGUCAUAGAGUGGCAGCAGGGAGACGACCAGUGCCCGCGUCCGCGCCCACUGCCCGCCGCCUGACGCAAUCCGAGGCGCCCUUGCUGCAUGCCAAAGCUGGGGAAACCUCCCUCGCCGUUGCAUCACUCCUGACAGGUUUUCUACAGAGAUGGAGCCGAACCAAUCAGCGGGCGCACUGGACCAGGGGCCGGAGGCUCAAUUACCCACUCAGAGGGCGGCGCGGUUAACCGGGCAGCAAAAUCCAAAGGUAAUUGGCCAAAAGGGAAUUUUCCCCGCCCCAAUCACCGCGGCAGCCGGCUGCGGUGGGCGGGGCCUGCCAGCCGGAGGGUUUAUAAAGGGCCAUGGCAGGGGCCGCGCAGCUGGAGCGACCGAGCGGUGCCAGGCCAGGUGUGCGUGUCCGUCGGUCUUUCCGUGCCCGCGCCGGAGACCUGUCCCGGAGGCCGCCCGGGCCCGUCCCUGUGCCCGGCACCAUGAAGCAGGAAUCUGCAGCCCGGAACACCCGGCCUGCCUCGCCGAUCCCCGCCUCGUCGCCACCCGCCUCGUCGCCUGCGCAGCCGCCCCGGGUCGACGUCGACCCCCAAGCUCUGUGGAUUUUUGGGUACGGCUCCCUGGUGUGGAGGCCCGACUUCGCCUAUAGCGACAGCCGUGUGGGCUUCGUGCGCGGCUAUAGCCGCAGGUUUUGGCAGGGAGACACCUUCCAUCGGGGCAGCGACAAGAUGCCUGGCCGUGUGGUGACCCUCCUUGAAGAUCAUGAGGGCUGCACUUGGGGUGUUGCAUACCAGGUGCGAGGUGAGCAGGUGAGCGCAGCCCUGAAGUACCUGAACGUGCGGGAGGCCGUGCUCGGUGGCUAUGAUACCAAGGAAGUCACUUUCUACCCCCAAGAUAGCCCUGACCAACCACUCAAGGCACUGGCCUACGUGGCCACCCCACAGAACCCUGGUUACCUGGGCCCUGCGCCUGAGGAGGCCAUCGCUACACAGAUCCUGGCCUGCCGUGGCUUCUCUGGCCACAACCUUGAGUACUUGCUGCGCUUGGCAGACUUUAUGCAGCUCUGUGGACCCCAGGCACAGGAUGAGCACCUGGCAGCCAUCGUGGACGCUGUGGGCACCAUGCUGCCCUGCUUCUGCCCCACGGAGCAGGCUUUGGCACUGGUCUGAGGGGCUGAGCCCCUGCAGGGAGUGCCUUCACGGACAUGGGGGCCAGGUCCCCACUUCUGUGCACAAAGACAGACUUGAUAUAAGGAGUCCAAUGAGAGGAUUCACGGGCAGCAGGGGCGUCUCUGCCUGAGCCCUUGCCUGUCUGUCAGCCUCCAGCUCCCGCCUGCCUGACACUGACUUACUACUUGAAACUAUUUAUUGCACCAUGUUGGUGUUGUGGGCAGGGUGGGGGCCUGCCCUGGACACAGGGGCUCUGCUGAGUGGUGCCCCACGCUAGACAUCUGGUGCCUGACCAGAUUCCCCUCAGUGCUGCUGCUAACCUCACACUCCCCAGACCUCCACCUCUCCAGGGAGCCUUCAAGAGGCUUGACCGCGACCCCCCCCCCCCCAGAUCAACCAUUCCCUUGCCCCAGAAAUACCGCCUAAGAAAGGUGUCAGCCUGCUGAUGAGGGACAGGAGGAAGUGAGGAAAGGGGCCCUGUAGGAACUGAGGCCCCUGUCAGCCCUGCUUACCCCCCAGGUCCCCCGGGCAAAGCUGCAUCUGGAGCCCAGGCACAGCUGCUAAGGCUGGGCCUAGGCCUCUAAGCCAUUGGCUGUGCUUCCCUGUCCUGUGUGCCUGGCCAAUCCUGUCUAUCUGGUCAUCUAUGGGUAGGAAGCUUAUCACUAUAGGCCCCGGCAUUAUCCCAUCUGUCCCAUAAUGUUAUCU